CGCGCAGAAGCGACCAUCUGAAAGGCCUCCAGGAAUAGAAAGAGGGUUGCUAUAGCAUCUGGGCUGUUGCGAAAGGGUGAUAAUUCUCCGCUAAAGUGGCCUUGGCUCUGACUUAGAAGAGUUGUGUCUGCCUCGUGUUGAGUAGUCAUUCGUUGAGCAUGCAAGUUGGCUCCAGGUCGGGAGAAAGCAAGGUCUUCUAGCAGUCUCGGCGACAACGUGAUGGUGUACAUGCGGGCGCGAUAGCGUUUUAGCGUCGACUGCUACCGAGCGCUUGUGCUUUUGGGGAUCGAAUAACGACACAUUACCUAUCAUUGCUAUAAAAAGUUACGACUGCCGGCAAUCGAAAGGUGAUGUUGCUGUGCUUGUCGAGUAGCGAUCCGUGUCGCGAGGAGACGUGUAACGACUGUGGUGGUGAAUUGGACAUGGCCUAGGGACAAGGAGGUGGCGGAAUGUCCGAGUCCCUCGUCCAGCACCGAUCUAAAACCUCUGCGACUGGAGUUGUCGAUGAGAUGCAUAUUCAUGACAGUAGAAUGACGUUCCUUAGCCCUGGGGAGACUGGCCAUCUCUCCUGCAGCAAUGGCACACCGGUGAAGAAACUGGAGCGCAGUCUGAAGCAUUCCAUUAGCGCUGAUUCGCUGAAUCCCGCUGCUUUGAGGCAGAGCUCCACAGAAGGGGCUGUGUACUUAUUCGGUGACAAGAAUAUAGAACAGGCGAUGAAGGAAAAGGUCCGCGAGUAUGUCCCAGAAAAUGCUUGGAUCUCGAAAUUGGAUCUACCUCAACACUCCAACGGCGACAGUAGGAGAACGCUUGAGCCGCCACUGACGUCUGUUACCAGUAGGCCUCCCAGCGGUAUACAGCCCAUCAAAAAACUGCAACUUCGACACGAUUACUUGAAUCCGAAGGUCGAGUCUCCAAGAUUUGGCUACAGCCACACUCCGACAGCUUUAUCUCGUGGAGAUCCUUCCCUGGAUCGGAGUUCAUCCACUUCAUCUUCUUGGUCCUCAUUAGACGCCUGUCUCAACGAAGAGAACCCUGAAUUCAUUGAGGCCGAACACAGGUUCCUUGAGGCCAACAGGGAUUACUCCGAGACUUUGAUGCUUGAAGCGGUUAGACGAGAGGAAUACCCCGACUUGAGAUUGCAGCGGCAGACGUAUAUGGACUAUGCCAAUUUUGCUCUUGCCUCUAAAUAUCAGACCGAAGAGCACACGAGAAUCUUAAUGGCACAGGAGCACGAUUUUGGAAUCGAUUCGACGAGCAACCUGUAUCACCACGUCUCGGCUGUGCAUGCGAGUUUAUUGAAGAUGUUCAACACGACGAAAGCAGCCUAUUCCGUCGUGUUUUCGACAAGUUUCCGAACCGCAUACCGCUUGGUGGCGAAUGCCUACCCAUUUCGUAAAGGAAGUCCUCUUUUAUUGUGUCAGGAUAACCACGAAUGCGUCCGUCAGCUCUUAAACGCUGCUGUGAGUUCGGGAGCACAACCUGUCCUAGCCCCUCUUGGCGAGAACGAUCUCUGCAUGACGAAAUCCAAUAUGAAGCCCAUGCUGAAGCGCCGAUUCUUCCACCCGAGCGGAAGUCUGUUUGUGUAUCCAGCCCAAUCGAACAUUACAGGAAUCCGACAUUCUUUGGAGUGGAUUUCGAGAGCCCACAAGUCCAGUUGGCAAGUGCUGCUCGAUGUCUCCACGCUCCUCCCUACGGGUCAGUUAGACUUGUCGCAACAUCAACCCGACUUUGUGAUCGGCUCAUUUGAAAACAUGGUAGGGUAUCCGUCUGGCAUGGGGUAUUUGCUCGUCAAACGAUCGAGUUUCUGUGUCUCCGUGAACCGCUUUCCUGAAGCGGACUCAACCAUCACAUUAACCCCCAAGAUACCAGCAUGGCAAGGCGAAGAUUUCCACAUCGUGUGCGACGAUGAAAGCCCUCCGCUCUUUCUGUUUGCUAGCAUCAACUUCGGCAUUCGACACUUGCAAACUCUAGGGCUCGGAUUAGUCAAUCAGCGUGUGAAGGCUCUGGCACUCUGGAUCGUCCACAACCUAAAGUCGUUGCGUCACGAGGACGAAUUCUGGCACUUGGUGAACGUGUACAGUCCUUUCACGGAGGAGAAUCGUGGCAACAUCAUCUCGUUCAAUGUGCUGGAGUGCAACGGGGAACACAUCAAACCAACACUGGUGAAGAGACUCGCAGCCAAGUACCGAAUCACUCUGGGAGUCGCGGCAUGCGUCAACCCAGGAGUGGCGAAUCUCCUCGGACAUCCGAAGGACAGGAAGAAGAGCGUGAGCGUCUUCGACGAGCGGUACUCCUCGGGAUUCACGUGUGUGCAAGUCUCUCUUGGCCCUCUGUCCAAUUUCGAGGACGCUUACAGGAUCGUGGAGUUUCUGAUGCGAUUCAGGGACCCGGAGUUUGUACCAACGCAUGUGGCUAGACUCGAGGAAGAGAACCACCAAAGUGCUCGAACGACAUUCCGCCGCCCGACGAUAUGAGCGAACGCUGCGAAAACUCGAGCGACAUUUUCUGAGAUCCGUUCCAGAUUUCGAGCGGUUCGAUGUAGCGGUGCCUGAAGCCACCUACCUUGUUGUCUCUGAAACUACUGCGACUUCCGGCGACGCAAUUCCUUCAAUCAGAUAAGCUAUGUUACACGUCUAGUCUCCUUUCGAGCACCGUGACCGACAACAUUCCACAAACCAGUAGUACAAAAUCCUGCGGGUCAAGACAACCUGGGUCGCCUUGCCGCAACUCUCCAACACUCCAGCUCCUCGUCCGAAGCUGAUAUACAUCCUUCUGUCUAUGCUAAAAUACCACAUUCGCAAGCCAGCAUCAAGUUUCCGCCUUGCUGAAAGACCCUGAAGCUGCAUCAAGGGAAAACAAACAAACAAACAAACAAACAAAACAAAACAAGCAAAACAUUACAAGUUCAGUUGGGUCGGCUGAAACUUAGUGAUCUGCGUUACUUCAUGGGUAGUGGAGUGGCCACAACUGUUAAGAGAUUGAGAUCACUAGCAUGCGGACAAGAGCUGGAUUAUGUCGGAAUUGGAUCAAAAGUCCUGCUCUGUGGUCCUGGCUUGUGAGGUUGUUUGCAUUUCCCAACUGAUAAAAUACAAACAUACGCAGCUAUGGCGUGGAGUGGCUUGUAUUCUAACAGCUCAGUUGGCUGUGAAAAUUGUGAAUGGAUUCAAUGGCACCGCGGAGUGCCCCUACACGGUCAAGCUUGUA